UGCUGCUACGCAACCUCUUCAUAUGCCCCUGGUGAGAGAAAGGCAGGCAGAGGGAGCCCUAAACAGCAGCAGCAAUCAGAAGGAGGGAGGGAAAAGGUGAAACUCAACAUUUUAUCAGAAGGAACGAGGAUCUGUGCAGAGCUCACUUCACCUUUGCUUGAUUCCUUGAACAUAGAUGAAAGUAUCAUAAAGAAGAACCUUCGUGGGUAGAUCGAAAGAAGCAGAAUGGCCAAGCUACUCCAAAAGUCAUUGCCUUGGCUACUUCUGUUGUCACUGCCUUAUACCAUGCGCUUGAGCCAAGGAAACAGAAUUAAUCGCUGUGUGGCUUCCAGGGCAAAAAGCUGCACUGAAUGUAUCCGAGUGAACAAGGACUGUUCUUUUUGCACUGAUGAGAACUUCAAAGAGUCCCGCUGUGAUUUCAGAGAGACACUAGUGAGGUAUGGCUGCAGUGAGCGCAACAUUGUGGUCAUGAAAGGAGAAAUACUGUCACUAAAGGAAUUUAGAAUUGAUACCUCUCUGAAGAGAACACAGGUAUCCCCACAACAGAUGUCUAUGAAAUUGCGAGCUGGUGAGGAAGUGAGUUUUCAAAUGGAUGUGUUUGAGCCGCUUGACUCUCCUUUGGACCUCUACAUUCUCAUGGACUUCUCCUAUUCUAUGUCUGAUGAUUUGGACAACCUUAAAAAAAUGGGCCAGCAACUGGCAAACGUCUUGAGGGAGCUGACUGACAACUACACUAUUGGCUUUGGGAAGUUUGUAGAUAAAGUUACAGCUCCGCAAACAGACAUGAGGCCUGAGAAGCUGCGUGAGCCCUGGACCAAUGCUGACCCUCCCUUCUCCUUUAAGAAUGUCAUCCGUCUUACCCACAAUAUUGAUAAAUUCAGCCAAGAGUUAAUGACAGAACGGAUAUCUGGCAACUUGGAUGCUCCAGAAGGUGGUUUUGAUGCCAUACUGCAAGCAGCUGUUUGCAAGGAUAUCGGCUGGCGGGAAGACAGCACUCAUCUUCUGGUGUUCUCUACGGAGUCUGCCUUCCAUUAUGAAGCUGAUGGUGCCAAUGUCCUUGCCGGAAUUCUGAGGAGGAACGAUGAACAGUGCCACCUGACCUCAGCAGGCACUUACACCUUUGACACCAGGCAGGAUUACCCCUCUGUGCCUACCCUCGUGCGACUGCUGGGACGACACAACAUCAUCCCCAUAUUUGCUGUCACCAACCAUUCCUACGACUACUAUGAGAAGCUGCACAAGUAUUUCCCAAUCUCUGAAAUUGGAAGACUGCAAGAAGAUUCCUCCAAUAUUGUUGAGUUAAUCCGUAUGGCUUUUGAGCGUAUCCGUUCCAAGAUGGAUAUUCGUGCUGACUAUACCCCCAAAGCCUUGAAAACAGAAAUAACUUCCAUGAAGUAUGAAAAAACAGAAUCUGGCUCAUUCCAGGUUGUCCGAGGGGAAGUGGGCACAUUUGAUGUGCGUGUGAAAGCUCAUGAGCAUGUGGGUGGAGAACAAGUCUGUGAUCUCCCAGAGAAAGACCGGAAGGGUUUUAUCCACUUGAAACCCUCUUCUUUCAGCAACAAAUUAGAGAUUGAAGCCUCAGUCAUCUGUGAUGCCUGCCCUUGUGAACAGCAAAAGGAACUCACAUCAGCUAGGUGUGAUUUCCAUGGAGACUUUGUCUGCGGACAGUGUGUUUGCCAUUUAGGCUGGCGGGGAGACACGUGUAACUGCUCUACAUCGUCUUCUACUGACAAUGCAGCCUGCAUACGGCCAGGGGAAGAAGAGCCCUGCUCUGGCCGAGGCGAGUGCCUAUGUGGGAAAUGUCAGUGCUAUUCAGAGGACCUGACCCAGCGUUUUGAGGGUACAUAUUGUGAAUAUGACAACUUCCAGUGUCCCCGCACUUCUGGGUUCCUCUGCAAUGAUCGUGGUCGCUGCUACAUGGGCCAGUGUGUAUGUGAAAAUGGUUGGCAAGGCCCAGGCUGUGAGUGUCGCACAAGCAAUGAGACCUGCCUCACCAGCAAUGGGAUGAUUUGUAAUGGACGUGGGAUUUGUGAAUGUGGCAGAUGCAUCUGUGAGAACCCUUCCCUCUUUGUUGGACCCACUUGUGAAGUCAGCUACUCCUUGGGCUUUCAGCAUGUAUGUGAAGAGAUUCGCAGCUGUGUUCAAUGCAAGGCUUGGAGGACUGGAGAGAAGAAGGGGCAGAAUUGCACAGGCUGUCCUUUUGAUAUUAAAAAGGUGGAUGAACUGACAAAAGAUGGGGAGGUAAAAACAACUUGUUCCUUCCGAGAUGAGGAAGAUGACUGCAUUUACCGUUUCACCGAAGAGAAUCCCGAGAUCAAAGGCAAUAGAACUGUUCUUGUGCAAAACAAAAAAGAGUGCCCAGCAAGAAGCUUCCUUUGGCUUAUCCCCUUGCUAAUGUUACUGAUGCUGCUCCUGGGGUUGCUGCUUCUACUGUGCUGGAAGUUCUGUGCUUGUUGCAAGGCUUGUUUGGCCCUGCUGCCCUGCUGUACACGAGGUCGCACUGUUGGUUUCAAGGAGGACCACUAUCUGCUUAGGCAGAGUCUGAUGUCCUCAGACCACCUGGACACUCCUAUGGUGCGGACUGGCAACUUGAAAGGCGGAGACACAGUCCACUGGAAGAUCAACAACAAUGUGCACAAGCAAGGCUUCUCUUCCUUAGCUCUCAAUCCAAAGGAUACGAUUCCAUAUGGGUUGUCUCUCAGAUUGGCCCGGCUCUACACCCAAAAUCUUGCAAAACCAGAUAGCCGUGAACACCAACAACUACAAAAAGAAGUGGAAGAGAAUCUGAAUGAGAUUUACAGAACUAUCCCUGGUGCCCACAGAUUCCAGCAAACAAAAUUCAGGUUACAGCCAAAUUCUGGGAAAAGGCAAGACCACACAAUUGUGGACACUGUUCUCAAUGCACCCCGCUCAUCCAAGAAUGAGAUUGUGAAAGUAACACAGAAACAUGUCUCUCUGGAGGCUUUCAAUGACCUGAAAGUGGCACCUGGUUACUAUACUGUAAUCUCAGACCAAGAUGCCCAUGGCAUGGUUGAGUUUCAGGAAGGAGUGGAGCUGGUGGAUGUCCGGGUUCCCCUCUUCAUCAGGGAUGACGAUGAUGAUGAAAAGCAGCUGCAGGUGGAGGCCACUGAUGUCCCUGUGGGGACUGCAGAGCUUGGUCGCCGUCUUGUCAACAUCACUAUAAUUAAAGAACAAGCCAAAAGCAUCAUUAGCUUCCUAGAGCCAGCUUAUUCUUACAGCCGCUUUGACAAAUUGGCGAAGAUCCCUGUUAGCCGUGAAAUAUUGGAGAACGGGAAGUCCCAGAUAACAUACAGGACACGGGAUCUCACUGCCCAGGAAGGCAAAGAUUAUAUUUUUACCGAGGGUGAGUUGGUCUUCCAGCCCGGAGAGAAGCGGAAGGAGGUGCAAGUGCCAUUGUUGGAGCUAACUGAGAUAGAUGCCUUUCUUCAUAACAGGCAGCAGAAACAGUUCAUAGUAGAACUUCUUGAUCCCAAGUUUGGGGCAAAAGUUGGCAAAUACCCCAAAACUGUAGUGACAAUUGAUGAUCCAGAAGCUGUGGAUGGUGUAGCAUCCAUGACAGGCCUGGGUCAACUUCCAAUGACUUCCAGAAACAGGCUUGGAGCACCCCUUAAUCCAAACGCACAUGCUCUAAAUUCGAGGAAGAUCCGAUUCAACUGGCUACCUCCUCCUGGCAAAGUUGCAGGGUACAAGGUUAAAUACUGGAUCCAAGGGGACCCUGAAUCAGAGGCCCACCUGCUUGAUUCCAAAGUGCCUUCAGCAGAGCUUACCAACUUGUACCCAUACUGUGAUUAUGAAAUGCAGUCCUGUGCCUACACUGCUACAGAUGAGGGGCCUUAUUCUGAACUGGUUCACUGUCGCACACUUGAGGAAGUUCCCAGUGAGCCUGGACGCUUGGCUUUCAACGUAGUCUCCUCCACUGUGACACAGCUGAGCUGGGCAGAGCCUGCUGAGACCAAUGGACCAAUCACAGCCUAUGAAGUCACCUAUGGACUUGUCAAUGAGGACAACCGACCUAUUGGGCCAGUAAAGAGAGUUCUGGUGGAGGAACCCAAGAAGAGGAUGGUUCUAAUUGAAAACUUACGGGAAUCACAGCCCUAUCGCUACACAGUGAAGGCCAAGAAUGGAGCUGGUUGGGGUCCUGAGAGAGAAGCUACUAUUAACUUGGCCACACAGCCCAAGCGCCCCAUGUCCAUUCCCAUCAUCCCUGAUGUGCCAAUAAUUGAUGCUGAAGGGGGAGAGGACUAUGACAGCUACCUGAUGUACAGCACAGAAGUACUGCGCUCACCGGCUGGCAGCAAACAUCCCAGCGUCUCUGACGAUUCUGGCUCUCGAUGGAAACAUGUGCAUCUACUGGGGGAGGAGCUGGACCUUCGUCACGUCGCCUGGAGGCUCCCAGCAGAAUUGAUUCCUCGUCACUCGGACAGCAGCUACUUUUCCUCGGAUACAGAGGGUGUCCUCCAUGAGGGUAGCCCCCACUCUGAGCUAGUGGACAGUGACGCAGCCAGCAGCAGUCUUCCAAGAAGUGUGACUCCCCAGCCCCCAAAAGAACACAUGAUGAAUGGUCGGAUGGAUUUCACCUUCACCGGUGGAAGCUUGACUCAGACUGGUGCUUCCAGCUACAAUCAUUUAAGUCCACACAUCCACAAGGAGAGAAGGAUAAUGGGAACCUCCUCUCUGACCAGGGAGUACACCAAUGUGUUGUCUGGGCAAGGCGUUUCAGGGCAAGCCACACAAUCCAGGAAACAUUAUGCUCUCCCACAGAAAGCCAGGGGCUGCACUCACUCUGAAGAAGUGUUCGAAGCACUGAGCAGCCUGGACACAGUGCUUCUGGAUUCCAGGACUCAUCUGGGUGUCCCUGACACUCCCACCCGCUUAGUGUUCUCUGCCCUGGGGCCAACCUCACUGAAGGUCAGCUGGCAGGAGCCACACUGUGACAAAGAGGUGCAAGGAUACAGCGUCCAGUACCAGCUUCUCAAUGGAGGAGAAGUGCACAGGCUUACUAUUCCCAACCCUACCCAGAACUCGGUGGUGGUGGAUGAUCUGCUGCCAAACCACUCCUAUGUCUUCAAAGUGAAGGCCCAAAGUGAUGAAGGCUGGGGUCCAGAGAGAGAGGGAGUGAUCACUAUUGAGUCCCAAGUGGAUCCACGCAGCCCUCUGAGUCCUGUGCCAGGUUCUCCAUUUACCUUGAGCACACCUAGCGCACCAGGGCCUCUGGUGUUCACAGCUCUGAGUCCAGAUUCUCUUCAACUGAGUUGGGAAAGACCCCGCCAACCCAAUGGGUUUAUUCUGGGCUACAUGGUCACUUGUGAGAUGCUACAUGGUGGAGGGGAACCCAGGAAUAUCUAUGUGGAGGGAGACAGCCCAGAGACUACUUUGACAGUCCCUUACUUGAAUGAAAAUAUUCCAUAUAAGUUCAAAGUGCAAGCCAAAACCACACAAGGCUUCGGGCCUGAAAGAGAAGGCAUUAUUACCAUUGAAUCUCAAGAUGGAGGUGCUUUCUCUCAGUUUGGAGCACAGCAGUUUACCAAGGAGGAAGUGUACAGUUUCCCCACAGACUAUAGCACCAAAACCAGCAUCACUCACUCUUCACUGGAUCCCUUAUAUGCAGAUGGCAUGCUGAUGACCACUCAGCGGGUGGAGAGUGGCAGCACCCUCACCAAACAAGUCACUCAAGAGUUUGUCACCAGAACCAUGAUGUCUAACAGCAGUGGGACAUUCGACAGACAGACAGACAGGCAGUUCUUUGAAGGCUGAGUCCAGAAGGAAGCAGCCAAAUGGACACCUGGAUUUCAACAGGGGAUGAUCUGAAGUGGGCCUAUUCUGUGGUCAACUUCCAGACAAGCUCAUAGUGCCUGCUUUAUUGCGCCAGCGUUAAAAGCAUUAGAUGCUGCUUUGAAACGCCACUGGGAGGAGGAUGCAUGCAGCUCAGGUGGAACCCUAAGACAUUAUGAAAAGAGCUUUUUUUUAAACUGCAGCUUGGUUAUGAAGGGCUAUUGCACAGUUCUGACUCAAGAACCUGACUGUUGCAUUUUUGUCUGUUCAAAUGGCAUCACUGGAAGCUCGAUCACAUAGGACUGAAUCUGUGUUUAAAUCACCCCUCAAUGCCAUUCCAUUGUAUUUUUUCUAUUUGUGUUGUGAUUCCUUUCCUAAGUCCCCAGCCCCUGUCAACAC